ACAAUCGUCACUAGCCUUAUAUUAUUAAUGUAUCCUUCUCAUGUCAGGUUAGAGAAGAUGCCCCAUCUGUCGAUGUGAUCAUACUGGAUGGUGCAGCAGUCAUCAACAUGCUGAAACCAGUCGGCGCCAAGACAUUUCAAGAGUACUCCACACUCAUAUUCCUUCCCUACUUGAGAGCACAACUGAGAAAUGCCAUAAGAGUAGAUAUCGUCUGGGAUGUCUAUCUGGAAGAGAGCUUGAAGUUUGCUACGAGAGAGAAGAGAGGCAAGGGCAUCCGAAGGCGUGUAGCAGCAUCCAAUACAAUUCCGGGAAAUUGGCAGGAAUUCCUGAGGCUGGCUGACAACAAAACCAAAUUGUUCCGAUUCUUGGCGCACCAGGUUCUAGAAAAUCUGUCCACGGAAAAGGAAGUGUACACAACUUGCGAUCAGCAUUUGCUUUGCACUCGUGUUCGUUAAGACGUCUCAGCUUUGGUACCAUGUUCACACGAAGAGGCCGACACACGGAUGCUUCUCCAUGCAAUUGAUGCCGC